AUGAGGACAUCUAGACCCUGUGCCCUCCUGCUGCUGGUGGUGGCCUUGGCCCUGACCCAGAACUGUGCAGGCUCACACUGGCUGCAACUUUUCGACGCCUUGGUUUAUGGGCCAGAUAUCUGGGAACCCCGGUUCAUCCAUGUCUGCUAUGUGGACACCACACAGGUCAUGGGAUUUGACAGCAAUGCAGCGACUGCAAAGAUGCAACCUCGGGCUCCUUGGAUGGAGCAGGAGCCACCUGAGUACUGGGAGGAAGAAACAGAGGAUGUCCUGCACAAGUCACAGAGUGAUCGAAAAUUUCUUGAGGUCCUGAUGAAAUACUACAAACACAGCAAGAUCGACUAUCCCACCAUACAGAAGGUGCUUGGCUGCAAUGUGGAAAAUAAUGGGAGCUUCCUCCACGGUCACUAUCGGUUCACCUACUAUGGCCACGAUUACAUCACCCUGAAUGAGGACCUGAGCACUUGGACUGCAGAGGGCAAGGCAGCGCAAAUCAUAAAGGACAGCUGGGAGAAAGAUGACCCUCCCCAAACAUAUGUGGCCCAUCAAGUGAGACCUGGAGGGGAUGUCAUCCUGAAGUGCUUGGCCAUGAACUUCUACCCUGCUGAGAUCACCCUGACCUGGCAGAGGGAUGGGAACAACCACACCUGGGAUAUGGAACUGGGAGACACCAGGCCUGCAGGGGACGGAACCUUCCAGAAGUGGGCAGCUAUAGUAGUUCCUUCUGGAGAGGAGCUGAAAUACACCUGUCACGUGAACCAUGAAGGGUUACCUGAACCCCGCAUACUGAGAUGGGAUUGA